AUGAUUGAAUCCGUCAUUGAAGUCGCCUUUUUCGUAUCCACCAUUGUGACAUUGUUCAUACUCAUGCUUCCUUCGCAGUAUGAACCAAAGCGUCGUGUGGCUGGUAGUAGUGAUGACUUGAGUGAACCGAAGACCACCGUUCAGGUUCUCGUCCUCGGGGAUAUUGGCCGCAGCCCCCGCAUGCAGUAUCACGCAUUAAGUAUCGCUCGCGGCGGCGGACAUGUAGAUAUUAUUGGAUACUCCGAGUCGGAGAUUCAUCCUGAUGUUUCCUCCCAUCCCAACAUCUCAGUUGUCCCGAUUCCUCCUCAUCCGAGCGUUCUACAAACGAGCAACAAGGUGUUGUUUCUGUUUGUCGCGCCCCUGAAAGUACUUUUCCAAGUUAUCGCUUUAUGGUGGAUUCUCGCAUACCACACAAAGCCUGCCAAAUGGCUUCUCAUUCAGAACCCGCCAUCCAUUCCAACUCUGGCUAUUGCCUCACUUGUUUGUUUCUUCCGACAGACCAGACUUGUUAUCGACUGGCAUAACUUCGGUUAUACUAUUCUAGCGUUGAAACUUGGGGACACUCAUCCGUUGGUGAAAGUCUCCAAGUGGUACGAGAACGUGUUUUGCAGGUCGGCUGUUGCGCAUUUCUGCGUAACCAAUGCCAUGGCCUCAGUGCUGAAGAAAGAGUUUGAUCUCCAGGCGCCAAUUCUACCGCUGCAUGAUCGCCCAGCAAGUCAUUUCCGGCCGAUCCUAGACGAGCAGGAGCGCAAAAGCUUUCUCUUAUCUUUACCCGAGGCAGCACCUAUGCGCAGGUCAAUUGAAGAAGGAAACACAAAAGUAAUUGUCAGUUCGACGUCAUGGACGCCUGACGAAGACUUCUCACUCCUCAUUGAUGCUUUAUGCCGUUAUUCAGAAGUAUCCAGCACCACCAAGCCUCAUCUACCCGCAGUGCUCGCCAUCAUUACCGGGAAAGGUCCUCAGCGCGAUAUAUAUGUUGAGCGGAUAUCUAGAUUACAAAAAGAGGGGAAACUCAGCAAAGUCACCAUAUGCACUGCUUGGUUAAGUACCGGUGACUACGCACGUUUGUUGGCAUCCGCUUCGCUAGGCGUCAGUUUGCACACGAGCAGCAGCGGUGUUGAUUUGCCCAUGAAGGUGGUUGAUAUGUUCGGGUCUGGGUUGCCCGUGGUUGGGUGGAGUAAAUUUAGGGCGUGGCCAGAAUUGGUCACGGACGGCGUUAACGGGAAAGGUUUUGGAAGCCCAAGUGAACUGGCAGAACAGCUUGUUGAGCUCCUUGGGAACCCUGAAAAUCUGAACAUGCUGCGUGCAGGUGCGCAGGAUGCAAGCGCCUUUCGCUGGGAUGACGAGUGGGCCCCGGUGGCUGGAAAGCUCUUUGGGCUUGACUAA